UUCCUCCCCAUGGCGUCUGCAGAGCUGCACGCUGAGCUAUGCCGCUCUCUCUGCCAAAAGAUUUACACCGAUCCCGUCACUCUGAAAUGUGGACACAGCUUCUGCCGGGGCUGUAUGGAAAUAGUGCUGAAGGAUCAAGAUGAAGUUGGAUUUUAUACAUGUCCUACGUGCGGGAAAAGGUUUUCUUCAAGACCUUCCCUACAGGUGAACGGAGAGCUCAGUGGCAGGGUGGAGCGUGAGCGGUCUGCGCGGGAAAACCCUACGGUACUUUGUAUGACCUGUUCAUUACCGGCUCUUAAAACAUGUUUGCAGUGUAUAGGAUCUGUGUGUAGCAAACACCUAGCAGAACACGAGACACACCGUUUAAUCGAUCCUCAUUCCUUGGAAAAGAGAAAAUGCCGUGCACAUGGCAGAUUCCUCGAUUAUUAUUGCACGGGGGAUGGUAUGUGCAUCUGUGCUGACUGCUUAGCGUUUGGGGACCACAAAGGACACGGCGUGGAGUCACUGGAAGAGGCUUCUAAGAAGAAAAAAGAAAAAAUGCAAAAAGUUCUGGAGAAUUUGAUCUCUAAGAGAGAGGACACCAAAGGAAAGAUCGGGGAACUGAGCAGACAGGAGGGCAAAGAGAAGGAAAGGGCCGCUUUACAAGAGCGGGUCAGUCCCAAGAUUAAGUGUCUCAAUCAGCAGAUACAAAAGCACACCUUAUGCCAAAAAGACCAGGCGGUACAAGCCAUACAAUCAAAACAAAUCAAUGAGUUGAAGGAAGAGGACCAACAACUGUCCAUGAGGAUACAGUCCAUUGAAGAGUUUUGUAACAUGGAUGACCGAGACCCACUAGACAUCCUACAAAGAUGGGACUCAGAUAUAUGCCAAACAGGCUUAAAUGGUAAUUCUGUUCAAGAUGACAUUUCAGAGGAUGAAUCUUGUAAUGGACACACCGACCAGACAAAUGUAAAGGACGCUGUGCAUAAGCAUCAAGAUUCUACGGUAGUGAAAAUGGACCCUGUCAUAACUGAAGGGACUUACAGGUUGGAUGCAAAAUCUGCUUGUCUAUUACAGUGCAGCAAGAGCAAACUUCAAUUGUUGGUGAACUCUCCACUGGUCAUUGACUUUACAAUGGUUAGGAAUUGGGAUCAUCUUCUGUCGGAUACUUACAAAAACAAAUAUGAGAUUAUGAGCCGUCUGUUCAAAUUAAAUACAUCAGCACCUCAUGAAAUAUCAGCAGUGUACCUACCUCAUUUGUUGUCUCCCAAAGAGUUUGAAAUAAACAAGCCAUACCUUAAAUGCGCCUAUUUUGAAGAUGGAAAGUUCAACUUGGUAUCACCGAGUAAAGUGGAAUCCUCCCAUGUGGUCCUUGAAGGCGCUACUUAUACAUCAGUUGGAGUCCUUAUAGAAAAUUCACAGACGCGUAAAAGAAAGCAAGCGCAAUCACGUGGAACGGUUCUGAUAUACUGCAAACAAGUUACAAAUGGUUUCUCGAUCCAUGUCUACUUGGUGCCCAUGUCUAAACGCGAAGUAAAAAAGGUUAUAGAGACAAAGGAAACUCGCUUGGGAUUUCGGUGGAUUGACAAAAAUUCAUACAUCAAGUUUGUUAAUAAGGACAUCACAUACACUAUAAGAGGAUCAGAAGGAGUAAAAUUAGAAAACGAGGAACUGCACUGCCUGUACUCAGCCACAGAACAAUAUCCGUAUGCUACAGUCCAGGUACCUGAAAAGUGCACUACAGUAAAGUUGCAUAUCUCUGAAAAGGGCGAAAAAGAAGAUAUCUGGAGCUGUGUGUUGAAUGAAGAAGAUCUAUAUGAAAUAACUGGGACUCCAUCAACCAGCAAUUCUCCAUCUUCUUCAGAAGAUCUACAUGGAAUAACUGGGACUCCAUCAACCAGCAAUUCUCCAUCUUCUUCAGAAAAUGCCAGGACUUUUCUACAAAAAAACUAUAAAAAUCUCUGCAACAGAUUGGGACUUCUUGAGCCUAUACUGUUGUCUCUUAAUGAAAAAGGAAUUAUUACGGAGCAUGAAGAGCAAUUAAUUAGAAGUAAAGACGUGAAAAUAGAAAAAAACAGAGUUUUGCUAGAUAUGGUCAAAUCAAAGGGAGCAGAGGAAGAAUUCUACGGCAUUCUGAUGGAAAAUGACCAACACCUUGUUCGGUCCUUGGAAAAACCAACCUAGAAAGACUAAAAAACGGUUGUUAUAAAAAAAUAUCGGGAAAAAAGCUGAGUUCACCAAGCUAAUACAACUGCUACUUGCCAAAAUUAUGAUUAUUUUCAGCAGUGAGAGCCACCAAGAGCUGGAAAGAACAGUGAUUACAUCAAACAAUGCAUGCAAUGUAGCUUGGUGAAUGGAGUCUAAUGUGAAUAAAUAACAAGGCGUUUACUACUGCUAACUCAGGGACAAAUCUUAUACUGUAGAUCUCUCCAGAUAAUGCCACCCACUGCACUUAUUGGGGUGGACCUCUGUCCUAGAGACCUUUCCAAAAAAGGGGCAAACUUCAUGGAACCUAACAGACUGCACUUUGACCUUGACGCACUGGUGUCUUAAAGGCCCACUAUAUAAAAAAAAUAUUGCAUUCUGAUGACUGUAUGUGGUAAAUACAAGUGAUUCUGUACAGUAGCAAUGGGAAAAGUACACACCAUGCAUUUUUAUAUUUAAAUGAUACGUUUAUCAAGUCCUCAUUGACCUCUGUAGCUGCAAUCACAGUUGAGAAAUUCAACUUGAAAGUUUACAAAGGAGUUGUUUUAAAGAUGACAAGGUCAAAAGGCUGCCAAGCCUGUGCAAUCCUGGUUGUCGCUAUAUUUAACAUUGUAAAGCGCUGCGCAAACUGUUGGCGCAAAAUAAAUGUUGUAUAAUAAAAAUCACAGGUAUUUAUAUAGCACCAACAAUUUACACAGCACUUAGAACAGGGAGCAUCAGUGACCAGCUUUUUUAAAGGAAGCUUCUGCACAGAGGUAAAGUCUGUAGAUUACUGCAGAGAUCUGAAGGACCAGUGUCUGUGCUGGUGGCCAUAGGGACAAGGUGGUGUAUAGGCCUCUGACUUCCUUUUUUUCAUGGUAGUACCCGGAAAUUGCCAUCCCUACUUGUGUUUUCUUCACCAGGCCAGGGAAGGCCUUUCUAUGAAGAAUUGAAGAAGGUAGGCAAGCCUAUGGCUAUAGGAUUCUAAUGCCCCAUACACAUGAGUGGAAAUUCCGUCGGAAAAACCUUGGAUGGUUUUUCCAACGGAAUUCUGCUCAAG